AUGGACGACUACUCGAGCGCAUCCAUCGCCAACCGCGACGAGCCCAUUCCCGUCAUCCAAAUCCCAUUUAGUACCGAGGACACGACCCCUCCGGAGACAGAACAGCAAAAGCUAGGAAGGCGUGAGAGGAUAAAGCAAGAGGCCGAGAGGUUGAAGGGCAAAUUUCAAGAUGUCUCGACACAAUACAAGACGACACAAGGGAGCAUGCAGGAGAGGCUUUUCAACACGUUACUAGAACAAGUCUUCCCAGCAGAGGCCGAAGAUGAUGGCACUCCCAAGAAGGACCGACGCUCAAGGCAGUAUGUCGACAAGCCGCAGUUCAGUCUGCCUGUAAUGUCGGCGAAUUUCCGUCGCUUCAAUGCGAGAAUCGGAAUUGUCUUUGUCUUCCAGAACCAAAUGAUCCGCCUCUUUACCUGGCGUGUGCCAACUCACACUAUGUCUUUCCUGGCUGUUUAUACCCUUGUGUGCCUGCAACCCGCACUGGCCCCUGUCGUCCCACUAGCAGCACUUCUGUUCUUCGUCAUGAUACCCUCCUUCCUCACACGACAUCCUCCACCUCCCGUCGCUAAUCCAUCAUCCUCUGUCGAUGCAGCUGCAGCAGAGCAGUACGCAGCUUACGGCUACUCGGGCCCAGCGGUGGCUCCCCCUCAACGAGUGAAGCCUGCUCCGGAAAUGAGUAAGGAUUUCUUCCGCAACAUGCGCGACCUACAGAACUGCAUGGAAGAUUUCAGCCGCGUCCAUGAUGGCGCUGUCGCUGUUAUCACUCCUUAUACUGAUUUCAGCAACGAGCGUCUGUCUUCGGCUGUCUUCCUUGUUUUGACCGCACUCGUGAGCAUUGCUUUUCUUGCUGCACACCUUGUACCCUGGCGUGCAAUAUUACUGGUUGCGGGUUGGAGUGCGAUAGCUGCAGGUCAUCCUCGAGCUCAAGAAAUCAUCAUCAAUGCGGGGUCUCUGGCUCAAGUGCAACUCAUCUACGAGCGCAUAUGCGUGGCUGGUAGCGAAUGGGUCGAAUCAGAUAUCGUUCUAGACGAGCCGGCCGAGGUCCGCGAGGUCGAGAUAUUCGAGCUACAGAGAUUACAAAAGCAUAGUCUGGGUGGUGAUGAAGGUGCAGUUCUUGAAGGAGAGUGGGAGCCUUGGUUGUUUACUCCGCAGCCAUACGCACCUACUUCUCCAUCCAGGAUCGCCGGAGCGCGUCCUGUCGGCACACAGUUCUUCGAAGACGUACAACCACCGAUCGGAUGGCUCUGGCGAGACAAAAAGUGGACACUCGAUCUGGGAUCCCGUGAAUGGGUUGAAGAGCGAUGUGUCUCUGCUGUGGAGAUCGAGACCGAAGGCGAACGCUGGGUAUACGAUCUCGAGACACCAGAUUCCAAAGCCAAAUCAGCAACGCUUGCUCCCCCGAAGAGCUGGGAGGAAGGACCGACCGUGUCGAAGAAGGGUGAGUGGAGACGGAGGCGGUGGGUGCGUCUUGUCGAGCGCAAGAUCGUCAAGGUCAGUCCUGAAGAUUGA